AUGGGUGUUGAAGAGACGUCACCCUCAGCGGUGGACGCCAAUACCGACGGACUACACGAAGAACCACGGGCAACUCAAGGGUCGCGUAGGGACUCUGGGAAAGGAGCCGAGUUCAGUAGCGAACCUGAGAAAUUGGAGCGUCCGACUGGCUUCAAGCUUUACCUGAUAUUGGCCUCUAUGACUUUCACCCAGUUUGUCAUUAUGCUCGAUAUCUCAGUCAUUGUGACUGCCAUCCCUCAGAUAACAGAUCAUUUCCACUCCCUUCUUGAUGUUGGUUGGUAUGGGAGUGCCUAUCAGCUUGCAAGUGCAUCUCUACAACCGUUGAGUGGAAAGAUCUAUACCUAUUUUAAUCUCAAAUGGGCCUUUUUAUCUUUCUUCUUCGUCUUUGAACUGGGAUCUCUGCUGUGCGCAGUGGCAACGUCUUCGACAAUGUUGAUAGUUGCGAGGGCUAUUUCGGGACUGGGUGCUUCCGGAUUGCUUAACGGUGGCUUAGCGAUUUUUGCUGCUUGUCUGCCGAAAGAAAGACAGCCAGCCAUGUUUGGCGUUUUGAUGGCAAUUGGCCAGCUCGGUCAAGCCUGUGGCCCUCUCAUUGGCGGGGCUUUGACUCAGUACGCGACAUGGCGUUUAUGCUUCUACAUCAACCUUCCCAUCGGCGCCGUUGUUGCUGGGAUCCUUCUCUUCAUCCGCAUUCCCAGGGGAUCCAUGAAGUCAGAUGAGCAAACACUGCGGAAGAUGUUAACCCAAACAUUAGAUCUCGUCGGAUUCGCCAUCUUUGCCCCUGCGUCUAUUCAGUUCUUCCUCGCUCUUCAGUAUGGAGGCGGACAGCACGCCUGGGACAGUGCCACGGUUAUAGGGCUUUUUUGUGGAAGCGCCGCCAUGUUCGCCAUCUUUCUCAUUUGGGAGUACUAUAAAGGCGACGACGCCAUGAUUCCCCUGCCAAUCUUACGUCGGCGGACUGUAUGGUCGGCGUGUCUAACAUUGUUCUUCAUUGUCGGAAUCUUGAUCUGUGCAGGAUACUAUCUCCCAAUUUGGUUUCAGGCCGUCAAAGGCACCACGCCAACGAUGAGUGGAGUGUACAUCCUGCCAAAUGUCCUCGCGCAGAUUGCCAUGUCCAUGGUAACAGGCCUUAGCGUUCCGAUAUUGGGGUACUUCCUCCCCUUCAUUCUGGUAGGCACUUCCCUCGCUGCGAUUGGGUACGGCCUACUUUCGAUGCUCACGCCGACAUACCCAACUGGACCGAGGGUAGGAUACCAGAUCAUUGGCGGAGUGGGAUGUGGAGCAGCAGCACCGGUCGUCUACGUCGCUCUUCAGGCACUCACUCCGGCGGCAGACUCACCAAUCGCCAUGGCGAUACUUCUCUUCUCUCAGAAUUUUGGAGCGGCAGUGUUUCUUACUAUCGCGCAGACCGUUUUCAGUAACAGCCUGAAGACAAAAAUCCCACAGUAUGCUCCAGGCGCCAACGUUGAUGCGGUACUAGCGGCCGGAGCCACCGAGUUCGCAAAGGUUGUCACCCCAGACCAAGUGGCUGGUGUUGUCAAGGCCUUCAGUGUUAGCGUUGACCAUGUCUUCUACCUUGUAUGUGGAGCGGCGGGGGGAGCGUUCAUCUGCAGUUGGGCAAUGGGCUGGAGAGACAUUAGGCAAAAGAGCGACCGAGAGCCUGAGCUUGAGUCUGAUUGA